CGGGCGCGCAUGCACACACAGYCACACAGUCAGACAGCCGGACAGACAGACACACAGACACACCGACACGCAGCUGGCGGCAGCGCUGCCGCCCCCGUCCGCCGCCCCUCGCUGGGGACCAUGGCACCGGGGCUGCAGCUCGGCUCCUUCCUCCUCGCCAUCGCCGUMUGUCUCGGUGGCCCCCGGCUCGCUGCGACCGCCGGAGCGGCCGGCGGCAGGAGGGGCUCGGCGGCCGAGGCGUGCGCAGGGAGGGGGCUGUCAUCAGUCAUGAAGAACAAUGGGCUACUCAACAUCACCUUUAAAUAUGACAACUGCACUCCUUACCUGAAUUCAGUGGGAAGACAYGUGAUUGGAGAUGUGCAGAACAUCACUAUCAGUCAGUUUGCAUGCCAGGAGCAGGUGGCUGUGAUGAUCCUUUGGACAGCAAAUGCCAUUGGGAUUGAGUACYUGAAGGGAUUUCGAGUAAUACUAGAGGAGUUAAAAUCAGAGGGAAGACAAUGCCAGCAGAUGGUUUUAAAAGAUCCAAAGCAGCUCAGUCCCAGUUUUAAACGAAUAGGAAUGGAGUCCCAGCCCUUUGUAAAUUUGAAGUUUGAAACAGAUUACUUUGUAAAGAUUGUACCUUUUCCUUCCGUUAAAAAUGAAAGUAAUUAUCACCCAUUUUUCUUCCGAACUAGAUCAUGUGAAUUAUUGCUACAGCCAGAAAACCUUGUCUGCAAACCUUACUGGAAGCCAAGGACUGUGAAUGUUACCCAGCAAGGUUUUAACAUGCAGGUGUCCUUUGAUCAUGCACCUCACAACUUUGGGUUUAGGUACUACUUUCUUCACUACAAACUUAAGCAUGAAGGGCUGUUUAAGCAAAAGACUUGCAAACAGGAACAGAACACAGACACUACAAGUUGUGUUCUUCAGAACGUAUCUCCAGGGGAUUAUAUAAUUGAGCUGGUUGAUGACACUAAUACAACAAGGAARACAAUGCACUAUGCACUAAAACCAGUGCACUCUCCGUGGGCCGGCCCGAUCCGAGCUAUUGCCAUCACAGUCCCCUUGGUUGUCAUCUCUGCUUUUGCCACACUUUUCACAGUGAUGUGCCGCAAGAAACAGCAAGAAAAUAUAUAUUCCCAUCUAGACGAGGAGAGCUCGGAAUCUUCAGCGUAUGCUGCAGGUCUGCAUGUGGAAAGACUCCGUCCCCGGCCAAAAGUGUUCAUCUGCUAUUCCAGUAAAGAUUGCCAGAAACACAUUAAUGUCAUCCAAUGCUUUGCUUAUUUUCUUCAGGACUUCUGUGGCUGUGAGGUGGCUUUAGAUUUGUGGGAAGAUCUAAAAAACUGUAAAGAAGAUCAGAAGGAGUGGCUUAUUAARAAAAUAAAUGAGUCCCAGUUUAUCAUCAUUGUUUGUUCCAAAGGAAUGAAAUACUUUGUUGAAAAAAAGAACUGGAAGCACAGAGGAGUAACCAAAGAUGCAGGAAAAGGAGAACUGUUUCUCUUUGCUGUGAUGACUGUUGCAGAGAAGCUUCGKCAGGCAAAGCAGAAUUCAGCUGACCUCUGCAAGUUCAUUGCAGUCUACUUUGAUUAUUCCUGUGARGGAGACAUCCCUGCUAUUCUGGAUCUCAGCACAAAAUACAAACUCAUGGACAAUCUCCCCCAGCUGUAUUCACACCURCACUCCAGAGAUCUCAGUGUACAGGAUUCAGAGGUGUUUCCUGUUAACAUUAGUAAAAGAAAUUAUUUCAGGAGCAAAUCUGGAAGGUCCCUUUAUGUUGCUAUUUGCAAUAUGCAUCAGUUCAUUGAUCAGGAACCAGAYUGGUUUGAGAAACAAUUUAUUCCCUUCCCUCCACCUUCUUUACAUUACUCGGAGCCUGUCAUGGAAAAAUUUGAUUCAGGCUUGGUUUUGAAUGACUUAGUGAAUAAACAGGUGACRGAUGGUGAUUUUUACCUGAAAACAGAUGUAAAUAUUUCAGUGGGGAAUUCAGACUCUCACUGUAUAAUUCAGCACUUAAACCUUGGAGAAGAUAUAGAAACUCAGGACAUUCAAGGUGGUGGCAGCUCUGUCCUUCAGCCAUUGUUACAUGUUGUUAAAGCUUCAAAUCUGAAAGACAUGCCUCGAGAUUCUGGAAUCUAUGAUUCAUCUGUUCCUUCGUCUGAAUUAUCUUUACCUUUAAUGGAAGGACUGUUGACAGACCAAAUGGAAACGUCUUCCAUUACAGGAAGUGUUUCUUCAUCAUCAGGUUUAGGGGAAGAAGAACCUCCUGUAAUGAGUGCGACAAAGUUCUUAGUGCCUGGAAUAUGUAAAGCAGAACUUCAUUGCCACAUCCACACUGACGAACUGCAGGCAAUUGCUCCUUUAUAAYACAUUACAACGUUGUUAUGCAUUGCCACUUUAUCAACAGCCUCUGUUUGUGCUUUAACUACCACACUGUCUCAGCACUAAAUCUACUUGAAGGAACAAAUAGUCCCUGAGGAAGAUCUGUUACUCCAUUUUUUGUGGCCAGUAAACUUGAAUCUGUUGGUCUUUUUGUAAAAAGUCUUUCAUGAUUUGAAAAAUGCAGCAUGGAAGAAUGGAAGAGAAUACAUUUCAAAAUUAUUCCUGUUAUAAUUUAAAUGUCAUSAUAUUGCACUGUUUACAGAUGCCAUAAUCAAAAUUUACUACUUUUUGCUAAGAAUAAUUUUGUAACUGGACAUAAAAUAGCUUAGAACACUAAGCCUUAGUAAAUUUUGUAGUCCAGCCUCUAGUUUUAAGUGCUGAUGUACUUGAUGGCAGGAGUGUUGUAGUGAAUGAGAACAGGAUUUUUUUCAGAAGCAAGAUAAAAUGCCAAAGGUGAGAUCAAGAAAUUCUCCAUCAGAAGAAGUAUAAUUUGCUUUUAGAAAUGUUGCAGCUCUUUUCCUCAGUCUCUUUUUCCCAGAUGUUCCUGUGUCUCAGUAUUUAAUUUCAGUGCAGGUCUCCCUCUUCUGCAUUAAUCUCUCAUCUCUCCUCUGCAGUCUGGCUGUUCUGACUCACAAACAGCACCAUACUGAGGCUGAAGUAGCAUUUUUAUAAUAGACAAAAAUACAGGUCCUCCAUAUGCUGAGUGAUACCAUGGAAACACAGUUUCCUACUUUCUUCCUGAAGGGCUAAUAAAAAAACCACAGAGACGGGGGAAGGAAGGCCAUAUUUUAUAUUGAAGAUAUUCUAGGUUUGUUCAGCCAUGAGAUGAGUAUGCUUUAUGGGGGGUUCUUACUAUCCUUCAUGGACGUGGUGCUACAAAAGCACCUGGGGUGACAGAAACCAGACAAGCAGUAAACAGGCGGGAAUACUUUGUCUUGAACCAGCCAGUGAACAGAAGCCUAGGAGUUAUUUUGCAGUUUACAGAACUUACCAUCUCUUUGUGAUUAAGCUCGUGUACUGUCAUAGUGUUACAUUAAGGAAAAAUGCAAAAAACUCCCAACUGGCCAUGUUAAUGUACUGACACAGAACAUGUCUUGUUUCCUGCAGUGACCAGGUGGGUAUAUCCUCAUGCAGGAUGUCCCUCCUGUUUCCAAAGAGCAACUUUUCCAAAGUUAAACACAUCUAUGUAAUCCAUUCCAGGUGCUAUUACAAUCAGCAUGGAAACAGCAAGUAGGAAAGGACAUCUUACCAAUGUGGUUUUGCUCAUUCUGCUCAUGGAGUCAAAUUUUGUCUCAUGUAACCUGUAUUCACGUUCCAGUAGCAGGACAUUACUUUGGGGAGAAUUAAGGGAGAACUCAAAUACCUCAAAUAUUCUCAGUUUUGAUAGAUGAGAAUUAGACAUUGCUAACUGUUGCAUUUUAUUAUCCAUUUUAAUAGCAUGAGAUAGAACUAUUAAAUAAGUGUUGAUUUUGGCUGAGUAGCUGUAAAGCUCAUGGGUUGUUUUUUUGGGUUGUCUUUAUUUUGGUUUGGGGUUUUUUUGCAUCRGUUUAUAUUUAAUCAUUUGAAUUUCCAAACAAAAGACUCUAGAGAUUGUUGUCACAGAUGCAGUGAGAGUGCUGUAACAAUUAAUUGUGUAUAACUGUUGAUGGCAGAACUCUGACAUGCUUUACAAUUGUAAUACAGAAUUCUCUGAUUAUUUGGAUGCAUGUGUUGGAUCUGGAGGGUCUUGUCCAUUAAUGUAAAGUUCUUUCUUCUCUCUGCUUUCUGUAUUUCAAAGAACACUACCUGGAAAACUUCAAAACGUGAAAUAUCUAAGUAAGUUUGGGUAAUUUUACACACAUUGUGCAUUGUCUGCACCUUUGAUGAUUUUUUUAAGGCUGUGCCUUGGGCUGUAUGGAAGGCAAAAUUCUCCAUGUUUUCCCAUCACUUGAAGGUCAAAGUAGGCAGUGUCAUUUAGAGGUAAAUGCUCCUCCACUAAAUCCAGCUAUGAAGGAUUUUGAUUUGGUGCAAUUCUUGUUAUUUUACUGGAGAAAGAGUUCUGCCAAGACAAGUCAGAAAGGUGACACAGUUUGUGUGCUGAAGAUCUGCUGUGCAUGGAAAUGCCAAAGCUUCACAACAUGAGGAGGAGGAGGAGGCAGUUUSUUAGYAGUGAGCURGUGAAGGAAAUGCUGCUUUCAUCCAUAGGAAGUCCCAGCUCACCUGCCAUUAUUUAAUGCUGGGCUAAAGAUUGGGAAGAUUUCCUCAUUCCAUUAAAUUCAGUGACAGAAUUGGUGUUAUAAAAUGAAAUUAAGUUGCAUUUUCAGCUCUAAGAAAGCUGAGCUUUGAAGAGGGAGGAAGGCAGUUGCAUAAAGAAUCACUGUCUCAAACCAAAACAAUCACUUGUCAUUMAUGUUUUUAUUUUUAUUGGUUCAAAAUUUGCUGUACAAUCUUGCAAAACUUACUUGUUAAUUAUGAAAAGUCUAUGCAGAUGACAGUCAAAUCUGGGGGUGGGAGGGAAGAAGAAUUUCUUUAUUCCUUCUUAGCAUAAGGUGGAAGCAGCGUAUUACGUGUACUCAGAAGAAAGACAAUAUAAUUAAGUGAAAAUAUAGAUUAGGACAGCCCACACUUGAAGUAUAAAAAAGUAAGAGAAGUAAUCUAACUUAGUAUAGUUUUUUUACAAAGCCACAGUUCUUAACACAAUUAGAAAGAUACUGUGUAUAUUGAGAUGCUGGAAGGACGUAGUACUGAAUUGGCAAGAAUUCUUUUUUUUUUCUCUAAUGAGAAUAGCAGCAAAAUCCUUAUAAAUUUUUUUUGAAGAUAUGUUAACACACAUAUUAGAAGUUAGCUACUACUGUUUUCAAGCAUUAGUAAAUUUUAAACAUGUUAGUGAUGAAAGGAUCUUUUUAAUUUCUGCUACACUCAAGUGUGUGGACAUUGUUUUUUAUAGUAUAUUUUCUGAGAGGGUGGAAAAAACGUUGGAAAGCUGAAGACUCAAGAUGUGACAGCAUGUUCAGCAUUUUGAAUGAUGAGUAUAAUUGUUGCCAUAAUUUGUACCUGUUCAUGGCCACAUCAACUGUUGAAAAUAGAAUGCAGCUGACACUUGCAGAARUAAUUUUUUAUCAUACUAUAAUUUAGAAGUUA